AUGCCGCCCCUCAAACCUGGCAAGCCGGCCGGUGACCCAGCCCUAAUUCGGCCCGUUCAAUUUACCAGCCACCCGCACGACCUCGGGGAGGGGGCUGAGGCACGUCGCAUCCGCAGCGCAGCUGACCCGAAGCUUUUUUCCCAUCAACCCGAUUUUUCCCGCAGCCGGUCGGCGCCAGGCUUGCUGACGCGUAUUAUUUACCGGGCCGUUCGUCGUGAAAAGCGGGAAAAGGUCGGUGGGGUACCGGUGGGCUGCGCCCAGGCCUUCGAUUCAGUUGCCCCCAGUCGUUUUUUCGUUGCGCUCUCUCGCUCGAGUGCGUUGCCGAUGCGCGGCACCCGAUGCUAUCUGCGGACACGCGCCAAUGGAGGGGAGUUGGGGCGCCACGCUCGGGUGCCUUUCCCGCCCACCCACCCCAUACGCUUGGCCCUCCUUCUGGCGGCGGAUGGGUGCACGAGCAUCAGUGGCUUGACGUUGCCCAUGCUGCUGCGUCCCUUAAGGCACGCAAGCUUGGCGAAGACACGGCCGCCGGUCCGUAAGCACAGGGCCCGCAUGCUGCGGGCGGCGUCCAAAUCUAAUGUGCACUAUACCCUAUGA